UCAGACUCCACACGUCCCAUUGAACCUCACCCGGUGGCCCCGCCCCCACGUUUCGCGCAGGCGUCGUUUGGAAUGCUGUGUUGUGGGCCUGCGAGGAGCUGGUGGCCCGUCAGCCUUGUGGCCCUGUUAUCCUGGAAGGAGGGAGGACAGAGUGAUAGUGAAGUCCGGCUGAGGUGUAUGUAGUGGCCUAAAUCCUGUUUAUUGAAUCAUCAGCAGUGAUGCAGAAUGAUGGGGAAAUGCUUGCCAAGUCUUCAUCAAUUCUACAAGGAAUUGUUGGUAGAAGAGAGGCCCAGUAAGGACAUUGCAGAGCUAGCAGCUUUGCUUUCUCCCAGUGUGUGUGUGGAUGAUCCAAACAUAAAUGGUGAUACCAAUGGAACUGCAGAACCAAGUAACAAGGCUUAUAUCUAUGGGGACACAGUAUCUGCAGAUAGUCGCAGCAUGCUGCAUGAUAGCAACUGUACCCCAAACGACAGUCAGAAUGAAAUCCUAUUGGUUCAGAUGUCAUUGAUUCAGAUUAUGUGUUCUAAAGUGCAUUCUGAAGAACUAAAUCAAGAUGUCAGAGAAUCAUACAUGAAGACCAUAAGAAUUCUAUUGGAAGAUAUGGAAAUAUUAGCUAAACUGGUUUUGCUGUUUGGCUGCCCAGAUAAGCUGUUGUCUCAUUUGGCUAUGAAGAGUGUUGCAUCACUGAUUCUGGUUGAGAUUCUGGUGAUGAAUCGAUCUGUGGAGAGUUGGAUCAACGGUUGUCUGUACACUCUGUCAAAAAACCCUGGAAGUAGCCAAGCAGCUGAAUGGGUGCAAACAAUUGCAUUUGUCAUUAAAGAAGUUUUAAAGGGAAAGUCUCUGAAUAAGACAGUGACCAUAGAGAAGUUCUUGACUCCAAUGGACUCUGUGUUUGGUGAUUUGUACUCCUUGAUGUUUACUUCAUAUUCUGGUGACUGCCAAACAAGUGGAGCCACAGCAGCACCUGAUACCGAGAACAUUGCCACGACCAAUCAACUUGUAUUUGUAGAUUUACUUAAAAUUUUUGUUACUAUUAGAAUCCAGCUGAAAUUAAAUUUCUCUUGCCUGAGGAUAUUAUACCUGCGUACCUCACAAUUACUACAGCAUGUCGUUUCCUCUGCUCAUUACAUAGUUAAAAAGAGGCUGCUUUUGCUGCUAAAACAAUGUGUUCUUUGCCAUGCUGGUGAAGAUAAUGUGAAUGAUUCCUCUUGUGCAACAACUGAGCGAGAUAGCCAUAUGCAGCAUGACUUACUGGCUGUAUCAAAUGCAGUGUUACAAGCUUUGGUGUCAGCUCAGUUCAGAAAACUUCCUGUUAGUCCCAAGCCAUGUUUCUUUGGAGGCAAUGAGAUGGUUGGUGUUGCAGAUUCUAACUUUGGACCAGACCUAGUGAUGAUAAGGGCUGUAUGUCUCAUUCUAAUUAAAGCCAUGGAGACUAAGGUGCAAAACAGGACCUUUGGUGUCACAGAACAAGGCUGUCUAAGAGCUGAGCUCCAACCUUGUGUAUCGCAAUUGAUGACAUUUCUGAGGAUGCAUUUCCAAUGCCCUGUACGUUCCCAACAGCUCUCGCAUCCAUGUGUUUUGGUUUCGCUGGUUUUUGGUGAGCAGGAUGAUGAUAUGGUGGAAGCUGCCAGAGCACUACUAACCAUCUAUACAAGUUGCUACAGAUCUUUGGAUAUCUAUCCUCAGGAAAAGGCAAACAAUUCUUGCGAAGCAUGUGAACAUUGCUUCAAUCCCCACUGUAUCUUUCUCCUGAUGUUACAGAGUUUAGCAUUUGAUCAUUCUGUCCUGCUGGACUUCCUGAUUUCCUCUGAAACCUGCUUCCUGGAGUAUUUAGUGAGAUAUCUGCGAUUUCUUCAAGAGGACUGGCAGCCCUUCUGCUGCAUUUGUGCUCGGUUUGACACAGCUGCUGCUGAGUCAUUUUGUUCCUCUGAAAUAAACGAAGUCUGUGUCAACUUCAAUUUCACUCCUGGUGUAGAACAAGACAGGACCAACAAUCAAAUUGUCACUGAAAACUCAAAAGAAGCAAUUGUAAAUCCCAAAGCACCGCACUUUCUCACACCUGUGAGGGACCCAAGAAACCAUGUAGACACUGGGAAAAGCAGCAACACAGGAUGUCUGAUGAGCAGCAAUAUGCCCUGGCCACGUAAGCAGCCCCAAAGUCUAGUGGAUUAUGAAAGUUCUGAGGACUCAGACAAUGAAGUAAUGGAAGCUUCCAGCUUAAAUAUCCUCAGCCUGGAGAUCAAUCAGAGUAUUGUAAUGAAUAACACAUUCACAAGUGGUGAAACAGUGAAACAAGCUCCAGAAACAAUAAGAAGCAAAAAUGUUGAAAGAAACCCAAGAGAUAUAAAUUCACAUAGUUGUGAAAACAACACAAAAAUGUCCCUGGAAAAAAUAUUCAACAAAUCAAUGAGUUGUUUGACUGAAUUGAGAAAAAUCAUUAGCCGUUUGCAGAGAAGAAAUCUUUUUCCAUACAAUGCAACAGCACUGCUAAAAUUGCUUAUAGAUAUUGAAAUACGUAGCAGAAGAGAUGAUUCAAUCCUUGCAAAAAUACCAGUGAUUAACAGAUCAUUUGACAAUCCAGACACAGUUUCUUCAAAUGUUAUAUUUUAUUAAUCUAUAAUUCAUUCUUGCAAAUAAAAUUCAAUGAGAAAACUGAGUUUAACUCUCUAAUAAAACACAGAAGGUGUGCGAUAACAGAAUGAAGAACAGGAUGUGAAAUUAGAUUGUUUAAUCUUUACAUAUUUUAAUUUGAAGUCACUUAGCAGACGGUAUU